AUGGCCAAGGCCAUCAUCUCCUCUAUUCUCGAGGCUCAGCUAGGCAAGUAUGUGGACGGAUUACGUAGCGACUCGCUGGUCGUGGGUCUAUGGAGUGGCGAGCUAGAGCUGCGUGACUUGGCCCUCAAGCCCCACGCGCUGGCCGAGGUGCAAUUGCCCGUGGCCAUAACCAGCGGCACCGUGGCCCGCGUAUUAGUGCGCGUACCAUGGAAUCAGCUUGGCAGCGCCAGUGUAACUAUCGCUCUGGAGGGCGUAUCGGCCCUCGUGGUGCCCAAUACAGAGCGGCCCGGCCCGGCCGAGCUGCUACAGGCCAAGAAGAACCAGCUGGAGAGACGCGAGCUGCUACGACAACACCGCCGCUUCGCUGCACGUGUGGCUCCUGGCCAGGAACAGGAGAAGCAACAGGAGAAGAAAAAUGCAGAGGACGAAGGCACAUUCGUGUCGAGACUCACGGCCCGCAUUGUGGCCAACCUCCAGGUAACUCUACACGACGUGCACUUAAGGUACGAGGACGCAGUGGCCAACCCAGACGCUCCUUUUGCAUGCGGCCUGAUGCUCGAGAGAUUCCGGUUCUUCACGACAGAUGAAGAAGGUAAAGAGGCUUUUGUCGACCAGGCCACAGUGCACCAGGCCUUCACGUACAAGAAGGCCGAGCUCACGCAGUUCGGAAUGUACUGGGACCGACUGGAUGUGAACGACAAAGGUGCGAGACUAGAGACUAGAGACAAUAUUCCAACAGUCAUGAGGGAUAUGGUGCAGGCCCUGGGUGAACAACAAGGCGGCCAGAGUUCUAGGAGGUGGAUACUGAAGCCAUGCUCCUUGGCCGUGCAGCUCACGAAGAACGAGAGCGCCGACUACUCGGCCGUGGCCAAAUACACAGUAGAAGCGGAAGUAGGUGCGCUACAAGGAAGCUUGACGCGCGAACAAUACGAAGACGUCUUGUUUCUACAGCGAGCAUUCUUGGGUCGACGGGCCGUGGAAGCUCAUUUCGCGCUGGCCAGAGGCCGGCCACUUCAUUCAGCUGCAGCACGUCCUCGUGAGUGGUGGGACUAUGCCACGCGCCUCGUUCUCGAGCAACGUAGAGCAAAACUUCGACGCCAAACGGCCCAUGACAAGAGUAAAGACAACGACCAGACUCCUCGACGCCCCCACCAGCGUAAAAUACGCUGGUCUUCCGUACAUAAGGCCCUACUGGAACAACAAUUAUACAUCGAAGCUUACCGUACAGAACUACGCAAUGGCACCCCGUUGGAGGCUUCAACUCGAGAGGGCAGGUUGAAGCAGAAAUACGAAGAAAUCUACCCGUUAGACGUCGUUCUACUGCUUCGUGACGUUGCGGAAGAUGCCGAGGAGCGAGCACAACAAGAGGCCAAGGCUAAUGCCAAAGCACAAGCCAAGGGCCAGGCCGGAGGUUCUUGGUAUUCGUACUUCUUUGGCGGAACGGAUGCUGACACAUCAAGUGAAGAAGACGACGUGCUAUCAGCUGAAGGACGAGAAAACUUGCGUGAAGCGUACGAUGACGCAGUGGUGAAGGACAGUAGCGAAGUUCCUAUGGGCUGCAACCUCAUGUCGAUCCAGAUCCAACUGACCAAUGGAUCUAUGGCCCUUUACCAGUCCAACGCACAUGAUACCCCGUUUGUCACUGGGAUGCUGCAUGGCUCGUUGUCUGUGAACGUUCAGCCAGAGAACGAGUGGGACGCGAACUUUUGUGUGCAGCAUUUCGACAUCUUGAACGGCCUGGCGCGGGAUUCUCGGUUCCACUCGUUCUGCAGUCCCUCAGCCGCUUUAAUGGCCGAUCCAAGCGCGUCUUGUGUCAGAAUCGACGCCAGUCGACGAGCUGUGGUGCAGACUCAAGCACAGGGCGACGACGUGGAAGCCACGCUCAAAGUUCGUGUACGUUCGGAGCCUAUUCGAGUGCUGGUGGACCCGUCUUUUGUCAUGUUCUUGCAUACGUUCUUCGUCAGUUUGUUACCUGAGAAACAACUCGAAAGGGUCUGGCAGUUCGCCACGUCUUCUGUGGCCGAUUGGAUGUUUGCGGACGAUCCAAAGCUCGUGGAAUCUUCAGAGAUGAACGCUGAAAAGGAGGCCCAAGAAUCGGAACUUAUCCGGUCACUAGAGAGCGCAGCGGGCCGUGUAGCGUACGAUGUGCUGGUGGAUAUGGAUGCUCCUGUACUGAUCUUACCUGAGAACGUGGCCGAGUCCACGGGUGCUGUUUUAGUUGUGGAUCUCGGCAAGUUGAGCGUCCGUAACGACGAGAAGGUGACGGCUUUUAACACGCCGUUUAAUGCGCCGCUGGAGAGUACAGGAGACCCACGUCGUCUACACUGGAGACUGGAGGUGACCCAGAUCCACGUCUCUCUUGGUCGCCAGGAACAAUUAGUGAACUGGACGGAUGAAGAACUUCGGGGCUUUACGAAGAUUGUGAAGGAGUUAUCUAUGGACUUCUCGUUGCAUACCCAAGCCUCGUCUUCACGUCUCAAGCUCCCGUCGCGGAAAAAGACUUCGGUUAAGUUAUUGCCCCAAGUCGGCAUCUACGCUGAUAUCCCUAGUAUUGUGGUGUCGUUGGCCGAAGAGCAGCUCGUGGCGUUGGGCCAGAUCCACUCUUCGAUAGUCGGACAAGCUGCUGCGAUUGCUCGAGCCAAGAAGGAGCGUCUAUCGUACUUUGAAGACCAAGAACAGGACAGUGGAGAGGAGAGUGCGAACGACUCUGGAAGUGACGAGAGUGUCGGUAACAAGCCUGCAGCAGUGGAGAAGUUCCUGUUGGAGAUGCAGUUGUCGCUUGGAUGCGUGGAGUUGAACGUGCGCGAGUCAGCAGUAAAAGACGCUUUCGUUCUACGUGCGUCGCAUACUUCAUUCGCUGUUGAAGCGUACUCUAGCUACCAAGUGUUCCAUGCUCGACUGAAGGCGCUAGUGAUGGAGGACAAACUAUAUUCUGCCGAUUCUCGCUUCUUUAAGCUCAUUUCCACUGGCGAAAGUGAAGGCGAGACCCCGCACUUGAUCGCUAUCGACGUUGUCAAUUCUUCGGCAUCGCAACUGGAAGCGGAUGUGCACUUUAAUGUGCUGCAUGUGCAGUGGAAUCCGUCGUCUGUGGCUCUGUUCUAUCGCAUUAUUUCCGCCUAUGCGUCGGCCAUUCAGUCGUGUGACUUCCCGUCUGAAGAUGCUACGCCAUCUUCUAAGCAAAGGCUACCAGGGAAUACAGUUCAAGCAUCGAAAGAGAAGGAGAGAGUGGCUGACUUAUCCACUCUGCGCUCACGAGGCCAACCUGUUGUUGUGGUACGAGCGUCGUUGGUUCAGUUCAGUCUGACGUUCAAUAAAGACCAACUGGAUCGACAACUGGCACGGUUAGAGAUGACGAACGCCGCUAUCAACUACACAAGCUACGACGUGGAAGGACAGAGCAACGAAGACGCGUUCGAAGUUACUGGGCACGUGGGAAACUUUGUGGGAACGGACCUGAGUACUUCCAAACAUCCACUAUACUCGACGCUACUUGGCUUGGAUGAAGACGAAGCGCGUCGACGUAGCACUUCUGGAGAGAAGUUAAAGGCGCUAUUGAGCUUUGAGUUCGCGAGUGACCCCAUGACGAGUGACAAGAGUUCUCUACACUUGGCGUUCCAACCGAUCCGAGGCGUUUACUAUCACCAGCAGAUCUUGGAGCUCGUGGACUUUGUGCUUGAAGGCGUCCUUGGAGCGAUGGUGAGUCAGACGCUGAUGAACGCCACGCAGUUGCUACUAAGAGAAGACGAGGCCAGUGUCGUACUGGCCUUGAGUGUCGAGAAGCCCACGUUGAUUCUCCCGUUAAGCUUGGAAGAUUCCCCUCACGCCAAGGUCACGGCAGAUGUGCUACGUUUAGAGCACUUCCCAGCCAGUGCAGUGCACUAUGAAGGACGGACAGGAACGAGAACCAAGCGCGUUGUACACGACGAAGUGCUGCCUCGUGCUAUGAUAAGGUCUGAUGCUGGUAUCUCGUUGCGUGUGGACUGUAAGGACCUGUAUCUUGAACAGGUGCGUAUUUACUGCACUACGAAUGCGAAGAAAGCCGACGGACCGAAGUAUGAAGAGUUACUGCCCAAGUCUGCGGAUCUGAAGAUUAGUAUCGAAGAUCUCGUGUCGUCUACUAUCUCGCUGGACGAAGACACUGAGGGCAGACCAAUAUUCCUUCCUAGAAUCACGGUCAACUCGGUGUUACCUCCUUUAGAGGCACAUAUAUCUCGCACGAGUUAUCUCGGUAUAGUCGCGCUUAUUCUAGAGAAUUUCGGCGCCGAAGAACUGCAGAAUAUCCCGACUACAAGUGGAGAUACCAGUGGGUCGAGACUAAGUAGGAGGCGAAGUAGUGCGGAGAUCGGAAACUUACCGUCGCUACGCCCUACUGUCACGUACACGUAUCUCCAACCUGACGCAGUAGAAACGACAGUUGAAGUGCGAUUCGUGAUGGAAAACGUCCGCAUUCUACUGUUUCAAGACGGACAAGGCGAUAUACUGGCCAAAGACUCGUCCGCUGAUGCGAUCGUGCAGCGUACACUGUCGGGUAGUGGCCAGACUUCACGCACUGACGCGUUUGCGGAGGUUGUAGCUACAGAUUUCUCACUGGUUUUCGACGACGAGUAUGACAAGAACCCUCGCUUGGCAGUCCGUCUGGGCGCAUUCAGUGCACGGGAUCUGGUGGGGAAAUACAAGGCUAACGGUGGCGAUAACGGUACAUUGCUGACAUCUCCACAGCCGUUGGAGAUCCUCUACACUUGGGAUGAUGCUGCGUUAACCGGAGAUUUAGACUUGGCCUUCUCCGAAGUCACAGGUACAGUUAUCGCCGAACCGCUACUCACUCUUGUUGGCUUCUUUGCACUGCCGUCGAGUUCGGGGACGAAAGUCAGGAGUAAGAGUGAAGCACUGCUGUCUCCUGUUCGAGUCCCUCCCUCCCCGUCUAUAUUGACGCGACGUGAGAGUAUUUCGGAUAUUUUACGUGACGGCAAGGAGCCAGACUUGACGAUCACAGUGCGUGCUACUGCGAAACAGGUAGGACUAGCGCUACCACGUGACGCGUAUGACUCUGAGAGUCCACGCGUGGCGUUCGCCGGGGAUUUCACACUCGAGUUCAAGUGGCAACCGCAUCCUAACUCGACGAACAAGUCGGAGAAUGAUUUGGAUAUUCAGAGCAGUAUCAUUGUAGACGCACGGAAUAUGGAGAUCGUUCUAGAGAACGCGAGACGUCCUGGUUGUUGUGUGGCGUCUCCGUCUUCCGGUCAAUGGGACGCCAUCGAUGUAGCCCCGUUGAUUCAGCUGCUGGAGCCCUGUUCUUUACACGUUGAAGUGAGUGAUUUAUUCCCCCAUGCUGGUCAACGUCAGCAGAUUGUGGCGCUGAACUUCACUCCGAUCGAAGUGUUUGUAUCCUAUGACGACGCGUGCAUGGCGAUGGAUACAAUGGAGACGCUUAACCAAGCGAUUGAGCAGCAUGAAGAGCAUCGCAUUGAAGUUCGACGUUCGUCUCGUGGAGAUAAUUCAGCUUUCCAUUCGUUAUCGAGGGCACGUACGUCAUCGGUGAGAACUGCUAUUAUGGAAGAUACAGAAGUGGAGAUCCACCGGUAUUUUACCUGCGAAUUACCGUCAGUGAGUUUGACUCUUAUCAACGACUGCGACGGAUGUGAUAUGGGGCUGGUACAGCUCCAGAUUGAGCGCUGUCAUCUCUUCCUGAACGUCACGUACACUGCACAAUUGGAGCUGGAAGACGCCGUGUUCUUCGCUGAGUCGGACAUGUCCUCGUCUACAGUCUCUGGGGGAGGGAACCUGGUGGUUCUAAUGUCGUACUAUAACCCAGAUACGCGCGACUGGCAUCCGAUGUGUACGGAGUGGGGACUCGAUGCGUCGGUACAAGGAUCUAUCUCAAGCGAGAGCGAGCUGCACGUUAUCCUCACGGCUUCCCAAGCUCUAGACCUCACUGUAACCCACGGAUUACUAGAGGUUGUGGCGUCUGUAGGAGGAGCCUGGAAGCGGCGAGCAGCUUCAUCAGAACACGUAGAAGACAAAGAGGAAGAGACGAAGAUGGCACCGUGUGUGAUACGCAAUGAGACUGGACUACCGCUGAGUUUCUGGCUGAGUAAUGGCUCGUUCACGACUGAACCUCAAGUUGUGGCCACUGGGAACCUCGCAGACGUCCGCUAUCUGCAUGCUCCAGGUCGAGGACGCGGCGUGGUGCGACGCUAUGCGUCUGGAGAUCGACAAGCUGCGAAUCUCCGCCUCUGUCUACAGUUGAAGAACGAGAGCGAUGGUGCGAGAUUCCAAGCUGUUGAAGGCCUUAUCUUCGAGCAAUUAGGUGCUCGUACGUUCCCAUUGAUUGACACACACGGAGCCAAGACGAACUUCACGUUAAGCCUGUCCGCUCAACUGGUAGAAGGACGGAUCUUGUUGGUUGUAUCGUCGCCUAUCAAGCUGGUGAACAGAUUGGCGUCCGGCCGUCCUGUGGCGCUUCUGGUCAACGAUCCGACCUGGCAAACACCAGUAGAGAUUGGCGUCUUACGGACGAACCAGGAGUCUGCCGUGCCAGUGUUGCUGUCUCUAGCGUCCGAGCUGCGUGUCCGACCGGUGGGGAAUGGCGCGACGUACUCAUGGAGUGCUCCAAUCCCCGUCCAGACGCGAUCGGCUGUAGAACUCAAGGUAGAAGCCGCCGUGUCGUCCACUUCAGCGUCACGUGAGAGCGUCUCCAGCCACGGAGACGGUCGCAACGCCGUGUACUGCGUCUCAAUGUCUAGUGACAGGGAGAUGCGCGCUGUGUCAUUCGCUGAGCCCUUGGUGCUCGUCAACAAACUCCCCGUGCCUUUAACGUUCCGUGUACGUUCAGCCUACAGCUCAUACGGUUCAGGAACGAGUGACAGUCCGUCCAAACCCGAGACGGUCGCUGUAGGAGCCAAGACGAGUAUCUGGUGGACAGACGUUGCGCAGCGUCCGCUAUUCCAACUGGUUGUAGAGGGCUGUACGUCUCCGUCCAAGUGGCUGGAGCUCGCACCUCGAGGCACAGCGAAUGGUGCCGCCUUAUCGGUACAACUCUCUCGUGUCGAUGACGGACGCCCCUUUCGACUUCUUCUUCGGGUUAUUGGCGGUACGGAGCAUACGGCACGCUCUGUACGCGUCGAGAUACUGGCAGACGUCUGGGUUAUCAACCGUUCGGGCUUAGAGCUGGUGUACGGGACUGCAGCCGAUAGUGAAGCGUAUAUCCCGCCUCGUGCGGCUCGUGCUCAAGUGGGGAACGCCCAGAUCAGUGCCUACUCGAGCGAUAACAGCGGGAAAGUCCCCGUGAUUCGCAUUGGCGUACGUGGAUGCAACUGGUCGCCGCGCUUUGAAGCGGAUCCACGGAGACUGAGCUGGCAGGACGAAUGUAUCACUCUCCGCGCGGCUGGGAGUAAUACGGGCGUGUUGUAUGAGUUAGGAGUGUCUGCAGACUACGCGACGCGACAUUUCGGCUCGGUUACGACGCUGAUUAGCGUCAUCCCGCGCUAUCUGGUGCUGAACCGCUCGUCGCAUACGUUGUUACUGCUUGAAGCCUCGAAGAAUCGACUGGAAGACUCGAGUGAUGCCAACGUGGCGCAUCAUGUGCUGGCAUCAGGAGAUAUGUACGCGCUGUACUGGGUAGGGGGAGCUCGAGCUCCGUUACGUGCGUCUGUGUUACCGGCCGACGGCUCUGGCUAUGACUGGAGUGCUGCCUUUGCCGUGGAUAGAGUGGGCACAUCGGACUUGUUAGUCCCGCCAAGAUCUAGUGGACGCGGUGUGCAGUUAGAAGUGGAAGUGAAGCGAGGAAGCUUCGCACAGGCGACGUUUGUAGUGGUGGUGAGCGACGGAAGCGCUGGGUCUCCGACGUCGACGUCGUCUAGACUGUCAACUGCUGGCUCUAGCGUCUCACAGGACGUCACUGCAGGCUGGCAGACGUUUAGUCUUCACGCUCAAGUAGCAGGAGUGAUCGUCACUGUUACAGACAAGAAACAAGGAGAUGAAUCCGGUUUGUUUGCUGGCUCGGAAGAGGAAAGUGAACCCGUAGCACGUGCGACGUUAACUCGCAUCGGGUUGGAGGCGUCUUGGUCGCCGCAAGCCACGGCCGCGAAGCUGAAUCUGAUGGGACUCAAGGUGGAAGAUCUGCUGCCACGGAGUAAGAACCGCGUCGUGUUGAGGCCGAUCCUACAGACAGACGGCGUUGGCUCCAGCAUGGACAAGCAUUUCCUGGAACUGACGUAUCUGGAGCGUCCACACGCCAAGUACACGUGGGUAGAACGUUUGCAUUUGGACGUACAGAACGCGAAAGUGUCGACGUCCAUGAGCUUUGUGGAUCGACUGAUUAAACUCCAGAAAGAGACGAUCGCGCACUUCCAGCACAAGUCGCUGAACUCAGCGUUCUCCACUGACGACGAGGACAUGGAAGGAGACUUGCUGGCCUAUUUUGUGCCUCAGAACGGAGAAGAAGGCACGGAUAUGGCAGCUAUGACCGGGAGGAAGUUGUACAUCGCGUCGGGGGAGAUCUCACCUGUCCGUGUCGUCGUGAGCUUCACGCGGGACAAGAGCGACGCUGGUAACGCAGGCUUUUGGCUGUCGAAUCUCAAGUUGAAGAUCGAGAACGCCUGCGUCACGUUAGAAGGGUAUAAACUCUCGCACGCGCUGGCUACGCAGGAGUCUCUGGGUGCUGCGAUCGUGAGGUUUUACGAGCAAUCUGUCAAGUCUCAGGCACUUAAUCUAAUCGAUUCUAUCGAGGUGACGUCGCUGGUGACGAGUAUGGUGACAGGAGGUGUCACGUCGUUAGUAUCCACGCUUAGAGGCAAAGCAGACCCGGCUGCAGCCGCCGGUGCCAUGGCGCCUGGACUACUGACGUCUAGUGUCGAUGGGGACAGUUCACUGGGCGCUCCGUUCCGCUACGAGCACAUGUCGAAUGGAGAUAUCGUUCGGAAACACUCCAAAGCGUUGGGAGAAUGCCACAAUAGUGCAGAGUUCUUAAGACAAGUACGACAUUUAGUGUACGACUGGGACGCCAACCAUACAGGCCUGGAGGCACGUGGCUGUGUGGUGCUCGCUCUGAUCAACAACUCUCGCCACUCGUUAGUAGUCAACACUCAGCUGAACGAUGGCGCGUCGCUGAAAGUUCUCCCGCUUGGACGACGACACCUGGCCAGUGUGUUGGAGACAGGAGCUGCGUCAAACGGAGAGACGAACUGGAGACCAGACCGUGCGCUUGUGGUGUUCGCAUACGGCUACACACCGACGCUUCUGACGUCGGGGGACGUGUACUUCACAGUGCAGUCGAAUGCGUGUCAUGUGUACGCUACACGCAAGACCGCUCGACUCAAAGCGAACAGAGGAUACACGGCUACAUUCACGCUUCAGGAGACUCAAAGCUGGUGGUCUGCGAACGUGGUGAUCAUCGGGGAUGACUUGCAAGUGAGCGACAGCUCUGCGUCCGACUCGGAUUCGCUGUUUGGAGAGGCACCAAGUGGUCAGGACAGCGAGGAGUACGAGGUGGAGUUCGCAGAGGCAUCGCUGGGUCUCGUCGCCAAGCAGAGUGGACGAUCGGUGAUCGUACGGGAGUGCGUACCGUCCAGUGCAGCUGAAGCUUCAGGACGCAUCGCUGCGGGUGACUGCAUCCUAGCCGUGAACGGAGUGAGUGUAGCCAACACGUCUCAGUUUAAGACACUGGUGAGCAAAGCACCAAGGCCGGUCGUUCUGCGGUUCCGACGCAGCUCUAAUGCAGCGUACGAUCUCUUCGGCGAGCGCUAA